GCGAGAAUAAGCGCAUAAGCCUUUGGCCCCCCAAAGUUGGUGGAGGUAGAAAGCCACGCCUAGUCGUAAUAUGGUAUAUGUAGUCAGGGUAGAGUAACAUCUGAACACGGGGUGUUGCCCUAUUACGAUUACGACCAUUACCACGACCACGACCACGACUACUACAACGACUACGACCACGACUAUUACAACCACCAUCAGAACAUACAUUCCAUUCAAUUGCAUACAACCACUCUCACACAAAACAACCGUGCUCCUCAAUUGCCUCGUAGACGGUUCAUUUAGCCUAUCACAAAAUGCUUAGCAAUUGGACCAAUUCCUACCCCACAGUGCAGAAUGUUGGAACUAUCAAAGUACAACCACCAAACCCGGCUUCGGCUUCUUCGAUACGUCCCAUACGUUCCCUAUCUCUCGCUUUUGGUCAGCGGGGGGCCCGUUCCGCAACUCUAUUGAUUACCCCAUCCGGCCUCAACAGCGCCUUGAAGGACACGCAAAGAGAACCAACUUUGUCUAUGUGCACCUCAUUAUUACUCACAGAGAUAAGCAGAAGCCUCCACCGAAAAGCAUAGCAAAAGAUGAACGUAGGGACCAAA